UUUUCAUCAUGUUUGUAUUUCUCUCUUUAGGUAACUGCUCAGGCAACCUGUCUGACGCUGGCCUCCGUGAGUGUUGACCGGUACUGCGCUAUUGUACACCCCGUGGCCUCCCUCACCUUCCGCCGGAAGGGUGUAGCCAUCUCUGUCAACGUUCUCAUUUGGAUCCUAUCUUUCCUGAUGGCCCUGCCGGUCCCCCUGCACUAUCGCCUGGUGGACUUGAACUGGAGACCGUACGGCUUGCAGACGAUCUGCCGCCCGGUCUGGCCGUCCAAAGACUUCGAGAAGGGGUUCGCAGUCUACACCUUUCUGGCCAUCUACUUCAUCCCGCUGGAUGUCUGCCUCAUCAGCUGCGUGCCCAUCAUCUACCGGCUGUGGCAUCGCUUUGACGGCGUCUCUGUCAUGGUGCCGCAGAACAAUGCAGAAAAGACCAGAAAAAGCACCUUCAUGGUCCUUGGUACCAUCAUCCUCUUCACCUUGUGCUGGCUGCCCAAUCACGUGAUCAACCUGUGGUGGCACAGCAGCACCAACAAACAGCUGACAGCCGCUGUCUACUACAGUAAGUUUGUGGGAAUCUGCCUUAGCUAUGCCAACUCCACCAUGAAUCCUUUCGUCUAUGCCAUUGUCGGUGACAACUUCAGGCAAUGCAUCAAGCAGACCUUCUGCAAGAAAAAACACAUGCAGAUACCGAGAGGGAACAGACGAGCAGGUCAGAGGGAAACGCUUCAGGUAGAUUCUCGGUUUCUGACCUGUAACGUAUCAGGAGCGUCAGGUAGCUCAUCAACGAAAAUACAGCUUUUUGUAAUGAAUAAGAUCGAAAAGGAAGUCACAUAUGUUGAACGAGAAACUGCAGUGUAAAACAUAAGUGCUAUUUCUGUGUAAAUACGGUGGUUUCAUACGGAAAAUGUUGCGGACAUGUUUAGAACAUAAUAUAAAAGAAAACGUAUAUUUCCUACCUUAGAAGUUGAGUUCUUCAUUGUAACUGCACAUUAAGCUAAGGGCACAACCCGCCGUACCUGCAACUGCGUGGUGUCUACGUGCCAAAACGUGGGCAA